GGCCUGGGCUGUGCUCGUCGCCGCGCUCGUGGACCGGGCCGGGCGGACUCGGGGACCGGCGGAGAACGCCGGGCGCGCCCGGCCCGAGGCUGGGGGAGCGGGGCGCGGGCGCGCAGGGUCAGGCGCGGGGCGGCGUGGCGGGCGCGCCGAGGACCCCAGGCCGGGCCGGGCCGAGGUCAGGGCUGGCAGAUCCAAACUGAAGCAAGAAGCACUAAGGCAAGACCACAGGAAGAACUUCACGCCAUGAGGGUGUUUGGCCCCAGGACCAAGGAUGCUCAGAGUGCCACACAGACCUGGGUUGGGGUCUGGGUUUCCCCACUUUCUGUCUGUGAGACCAAGAGGGUUCUCACUUUCCUCAACUGAAAAAUGAGUGAUAAAGGCAGCUUCCUCCCAGAGGACACUGCAGCCCGGUUCAGGCACGCAUGAGGCCUGCUCAUGUCACCUGUUAUUUCCAACUACUCCCCAAGUCCUGGCAUCGCACCGCCAAAGUAUUCCUCCACUCCAUCUAUUUCUCACCGUGCCCGCUGCCACCAUGCAGGCCACUUGGUUGCUUCCUGGGGCAGCAGUCUCUGAGCCAUUCUCCUCCCCUCUGAUACCUUCUCCCUAGAUAGCAAUGAGGAUGAGCAUCUUGAGACACAUCAGCUAGGCAUGGUGGUUCGAACCUGUGGUCCCAGCUACUUGGGAGGCUGAAUCAGGAGGAUCCCUUGAGCCCAGGAGGUCGAGGCUGAAAUGAGUGAUGGUUGCACCACCAUACUCCAACCUGGGUGACAGAGCUGCCAUGGGCUCUGUCGGGAGCCAGCGCCUUGAGGAGCCCAGCGUGGCAGGCACACCAGACCCGGGCGUAGUGAUGAGCUUCACCUUCGACAGUCACCAGCUGGAGGAGGCAGCGGAGGCGGCUCAGGGCCAGGGCCUUAGGGCCAAGGGCGUCCCAGCUUUCACAGAUACCACAUUGGAGGAGCCGGUGCCCGAUGACCGUUAUCACGCCAUCUACUUUGCGAUGCUGCUGGCUGGCGUGGGCUUCCUGCUGCCGUACAACAGCUUCAUCACGGACGUGGACUACCUGCAUCACAAGUACCCAGGGACCUCCAUCGUGUUUGACAUGAGCCUCACCUACAUCUUGGUGGCGCUGGCAGCCGUGCUUCUGAACAACGUCCUGGUUGAGAGACUGACCCUGCACACCAGGAUCACCGCAGGCUACCUCUUAGCCUUGGGCCCUCUCCUUUUUAUCAGCAUCUGCGACGUGUGGCUGCAGCUCUUCUCUCGGGACCAGGCCUAUGCCAUCAACCUGGCCGCUGUGGGCACCGUGGCCUUCGGCUGCACAGUGCAGCAAUCCAGCUUCUACGGGUACACGGGGAUGCUGCCCAAGCGGUACACGCAGGGGGUGAUGACCGGGGAGAGCACGGCGGGCGUGAUGAUCUCUCUGAGCCGCAUCCUCACGAAGCUGCUGCUGCCCGACGAGCGCGCCAGCACGCUCAUCUUCUUCCUGGUGUCGGUGGCGCUGGAGCUGCUGUGCUUCCUGCUGCACCUGUUAGUGCGGCGCAGCCGCUUCGUGCUCUUCUAUACCUCACGGCCGCGCGACAGCCGCCGGGGCAGGCCAGGCCUGGGCAGGGGCUCUGGCUACCGCGUGCACCACGACGUCGUCGCCGGGGACGUCCACUUCGAGCACCCAGCCCCUUCCCUGGCCCCCAACGGGUCCCCAAAGGACAGCCCAGCCCACGAGGUGACCGGCAGCGGCGGGGCCUACAUGCGCUUUGACGUGCCGCGGCCAAGGGUCCAGCGCAGCUGGCCCACCUUCAGAGCCCUGUUAUUGCACCGCUACGUGGUGGCGCGGGUGAUCUGGGCCGACAUGCUCUCCAUCGCCGUGACCUACUUCAUCACGCUGUGCCUGUUCCCCGGCCUCGAGUCUGAGAUCCGCCACUGCAUCCUGGGCGAGUGGCUGCCCAUCCUCAUCAUGGCUGUGUUCAACCUGUCAGACUUCGUGGGCAAGAUCCUGGCAGCCCUGCCUGUGGACUGGCGGGGCACCCACCUGCUGGCUUGUUCCUGCCUGCGUGUGGUCUUCAUCCCCCUCUUCAUCCUGUGCGUCUACCCCAGUGGCAUGCCCACCCUCCGCCACCCGGCCUGGCCCUGCAUCUUCUCACUGCUCAUGGGCAUCAGCAACGGCUACUUCGGCAGUGUGCCCAUGAUCCUGGCGGCAGGCAAAGUGAGCCCCAAGCAGCGGGAGCUGGCAGGGAACACCAUGACCGUGUCCUACAUGUCAGGGCUGACACUGGGGUCCGCCGUGGCCUACUGCACCUACAGCCUCACCCGCGACGCCCAUGGCAGCUGCCUGCACGCCUCCACCGCCAAUGGCUCCAUCCUCACAGGCCUCUGAGUCAGCCCCGCCCUCUGCCAGGGAUGCUGAGGGCCUGACCGGGGGCCCCGAGGCCUGAAGGCCCCUCCGCCAUCCACACCUCAGUGCCUGCGGGGCCCUGAGCCUCCCCCUGUGCCAGCAGCGCCACCCUCUCAGGGUCCAGCCAUCCCCCACCCUGGACUGAAGUUCUGCAAAGUCCUUCGAGGACCGGAACACGUUUCUGCGACCCGGGGCUCUGGCCCGCACUGUGUUCUGCGUUUCGUCUCAUACCUGCCUCUACCUUCCAUCUGUGUCCAGCGGCCCUAGCUCCAUCCCAGCCAGCAUUCUGCGGGGUCACGCACCGUGUCCCCACCCAGGACAGCAGACGCCCGCCAGAGUGUGCGCGCCCAGUGACUGCACCCCGGCCUUCAUCACUCGCCGGCACUGAUCAGGGCACCACCUGGGCCAGCCUCCACCAGGGACCCCUCCUCAUGAACCCUGGAGCCCUGGAGGAGAGGGGCAGCCCCCUACCUUGUCACCCUCAGGCCUCCCCCUUCUGUCCUCAUUCUUAGAGACUGCUUCUCCCAAACAAAACGCGUUAGCCAUCGUAGCCCUGGGUCUGAAUGGACCCACCUGCGGUCUGCAUCAGCCUCUGGGAAACCACAGCGGGGAUGCCAGCUGGGCACGUCAGGCCCUCCCCACACACCCACGCGAUGCCACAGGUCACGGGGCUGUGCCUGACUAGGGAGCCCUCCCAUUGCUUUCCUCGCCCGGGAUAGAAGAGGGGAGGUAAGUCUGGGGGCUACAAAGCCGGGCCCCCACACCCUGGCUGAAGUCGGCUUGACCUAGGUCUUGACCCUCGUCUAGCAAGGGACCCGACAGACCCAAGGGUCCCUAGAACAUAGGGAGGGGCUGGGGGUCACUCCAGCCCGGGCCUCCCAGAACACCAGGCCCGUGUGGGUGGCACCCUGAGGUCAGGGGAUCCUAAGGGUGUCCUUCCAGAGACGGCGUUUCCAGGGGAAGGACCGCCCACCCUUUCAGAUCCCCGGCCCCGGCUGUGACUGCCCUGUUUCACCCCUGCUGUGUCCCGUCACCCGUCUGUCCACUAACUGUACCGCACUGGCCAUUAAAAGAUGAAGGCAGACCGCUGCA